AUGAGCAGCUCCAGCUCCGAUGGACACAUGUCUGUUCCACAUGUCUCGUCCACCGGUGCUGCCAGACGAGCAGUCGAUAGAUGCGAGACGAACAGGAGAAGUCCAGUCACCCGAUCCAGCCAGACCGCCGGUCCUUCCACCCGCAUCGACACCACCGUCUCAGUGGACUCACCAUCGAGGUUGCCCAUCCCAAUACCAACAUCUAGGAUCCUGAACCCGGCCACAACCACGUCACCUGCAGCUCCCAGACAGCCAGUCCUAUCAGACCUCGAGGUUCGGUUUUACUUCCCGGCACCACAAACCCUGAGGUAUCCGGUAGAGGACUGUUCCGCUCAAUUCCGGGCCGAAGCAUAG